UAUCAUGAAGAGGAAUAUGAACCUAAUGAUGAUGAGUCUUUAUCUGGUGAAGAAGUUGAAUAUGAAUAUAAUUAUAAAAAUCGUGAGCCUAAUAAUAAUUCAGAUGAUGAUAUUGUUACAAAUUUGAGAAACGAAAAUUUUAUUCCUAAAACUUCAAAUCUAUCUUCACUUGAAACAUCAAUUGCAAAAAAUGUCUUAGAAAUUCGUAAAGAAAAUUAUUGCACAAUUUAUAAUCAACUAUGUUUAAAUAAAGAUGAAGCUAAAAAAAUCAUAUUGAAAUUACUUUCAUAA